CUGUGUAAUACUUCCUCUGUCCCAAUAAGAUUGUCCUCCUUUUAUUUUUAGUCUGUUUCAAAAAGAUUGUCUCCUUUCUGUAUUUAGAAGGAAUUUAACUUUAUGAGAUGAUUUACAGCCACAUAAAUAUCUAAGGCUUGUUUUGGACCACACAUUUUAAAAGUAUUUUUUUAUUUCUUAAACUUUGUGGCAAGUCAAAAGAGGACAAUCUUUUCGGGACGGAGGGAGUAUAAAUGUGAGAUUUAGCAAACCUUUAAAGGGGUCGUUUGGUAGCUGGUUAGAGUUAUGCAGAGUCGAAAGGAUGUGGAAGGAUCCCUGUUUGUUGUGAAGAGGAGUGCUCAACCUCGGUUUCAGUUCAUUGUUAUGAACCGUAGAAAUACAGAUAAUUUGGUGGAGGAUCUCUUGGGAGAUUUUGAGUUCGAGUUCCAGAUCCCGUAUUUAUUAUCUCGAAAUUCUUCCCAAGAAGUAAAUGGGAUAUGGUUUUAUAAUUCACGUGAAUGUGAAGAAGCUGCAAAUCUCUUUAACAGGAUACUGAGUGCUUAUUCUAAGGUGCCUACAAAGUUCAAAUUACUUUCAAACAAGAGUGAAUUUGAAGAGCUGGAAGCAUUUCCAAGCAUGUCGGUAAUUGAUGGUCCCCUGGAGCCAUCAUCUACUACAUCAAAUACUGCAGAUGUCCCAGAUGAUCGUUCCUUUGUGAAUUUCUUUAGUAAUGCUAUCAGAAUUGGGAGUCGUCCGAAUGCUGCAGUUCAGGGACAGUCGUACGACUCAUCUGCAGUAGUCCUACCUCCUCCUCGUCCUCCUGCUGCUGUACCUCCCUCUUCAGUGCCAUCUCCUUCUCUUUCUACAUCUACCACUUUGAUGCCUACGCUUGCUGAUGCUCCUGAACCAGAUACCAAAAGGUCUUCAAAUCUAGUGAAGCCAUCAUCAUUCUUUGGUUGUCCUCCUCCCUCUUCUCCACUGAUACCACCUGUUUCUUCAUCUGUGCCUGCUGCUCCUCCACUUCAUCCCCCUGGGAAUCUACAACGCCCUUACGGAGCUCCUUUGCUUCAACCAUUUCCUCCUCCCAAUCCGCCCCCAUCUCUCACUCCUACCCCAAACAACGGACCUGUUAUUAACAGAGAUAAAGUGCGUGAGGCACUUAUGAUGCUUGUUCAAGAUGACCAAUUCAUUGACAUGGUAUACCGCUCCAUUUUGAAUGCUUAUCAUACAUGAUAAAUAGAGGAACCUUUGCGCUUCACUUGAUGAAAGUAGUGUUACUGGCAGAAAGAUUGCAUCAAGUUUAUCUCUGUUGGGUUCCUGCUGUUUAUAGUCUGUGAGACUCACUUUGUAUAGUAUUUUAGGACUUUUAGUGUUACUAGUUUAGAUUUGGUAUGUUACCUUAUAUACAAUGUUUGUGGUUUUUCCAUCCAUGUGCUUUUUGUUCAUUAAGCAAUAAACAAUCAUGUGAAAGCUGGGGGGAAAAUAUUGUACUUGCAUUUUCAGACUGGAUCAAGAGUCUGGUACAGUAGAGAGCAAUGGUAUUGUUAUUGUUUGGGAGACAAAAUAGUCUUCAGUUCAUCAAUGAUCUUUUCUAAUAGUUUUUCGCGAUAAAA